CUAUCUCAGCGGAAACCCUAGUGCCAUGAGUGUGUAGACAUCGCUUUGGCCAACGCGGGUGUCCAAAACGAGGGAUACAAUGAGUUGCGACGCCGGUAAAAGUUGACAACUGGUGACAGACAUGGUUCGUGAAAUAUGUCACCGGUGAGCCGGUUAAGUGGGCCGGGAGAUGACAGGACAAACGGACACUGAUAUUCCAGAGACAGGGGCUGUCUUCAUAUUUGGAAAGAGCAAGUUUGCUGAUAAUGCACCCUGUAAAUUCUGGUUGAAGGAUGACCAUCCUCAGCAAAUAUCCUGCGGGGGAGAACACACUUCUGUCAUCACUGGCAAUGGCAGGCUCUUCAUGUUCGGUUGUAACGCCUGGGGUCAACUGGGCCUGGGGUCUAAGCCCAACAUUAGUAAACCCACCAGUGUCAAAGCUUUGAGGUCUGAAAAGGUGAAAUUGGCAGCGUGUGGGAAAGAUCACACAGUCGUGUGCACAUGGCGAGGGGGUGUAUAUAGUACUGGGACCAACCAGGAAGGACAGUUGGGUCUGGGCCACUGUGAAGACAUCUCAUCCUUCCACCUGUUGCAGCCCUUCUGUGACCACAAACCAAUCAGGAUGCUCUCGGCAGGAUGCAGUACCUCUGCUGCCCUGACAGAGGAUGGGAGGUUGUUCGUGUGGGGGGACAACUCAGUGGGACAGAUUGGUUUGGGUGAAGAGAACCACGUCUCAGAACCCAGAGAGCUGGAACUGGACCAGCCAGUGGCCUGGGUAUCCUGUGGCUACCACCACUUAGCUAUUGUUACAGUGAAUGGAGACCUCUACACGUGUGGGGAGAUUGGGUACGGAAGGCUUGGCCUUGACCCUGAUCAGCUGACCAAUCACAGGGUCCCUCAGCGGGUGAAGGGCAUUGUGGGCCGGGUGACCCAGGUGUCCUGUGGAGGAGAACACACCGUGGUGCUCACAGAGGGGGACGUGUACACAUUUGGCCGGGGUCAGUAUGGCCAGCUGGGUCUCGGCACCUUCCAGUUUGAGGCCCUUAUUCCCCAGACGCUGGAUCACUUCAGGAACACUAGAGUCAGCCUGGUGACUUGUGGAGAACACCACACUGCCAUCAUCACAGAGAAAGGCCUUAUGUACACUUUUGGCAACGGUCGCCAUGGGAAACUGGGCCUGGGGGUGGAGAACUUCACCAACCAGUUCCAACCAACGCUGUGUCCCCGCUUCCUCAAGUACUUCGUCCAAUCAGUAGCCUGCGGUAGCUGUCACAUGCUGGUGCUAGCCACGCCCAGAACGCCAGAAAACCAGGAAGUAGUGUUGGUGGAGGAUAGUGAUGAUGUCAUAGAGGACCUUAUGGAGAACCUGGUGGAGGUGAGCUACAACCACCUGCUGCUGACGGAGGUCUCCUUCAGCACCGCCCCUCACACGGUCCCCGCAUGCUCAAACCCCUCGGCCAGGGCACGGCGCAGGGAGAGGGAGGGCUCUGCAGAGCAGUUCGGUCACAUGUUCCAGAACCUUCCACCUCUGACGUCUGCCUUCCUCAAUACCACUCUGUCCAGAAACAUCCUCCCCCUGAAGAUAAACCAGAAAGACCCUUCUACCCCGCCCUCCAAAACCCACUCUAAGGAUCCCCCAAGUCCAACAUCCUCCCCCUCCCCCAAAUCUCCUAACAGCACAGCAUCGUCCACACAGUUCCCCAGGCCAGACCCAGCCAGACCCUCACCCUCACCCAGGUCCAUCCCAAAGAGUAAGCCCAUCUCUGCAUCGAAAGAGCCCGCUAGCCCCUCAUCACCUCUCAAGAACACAUCGGAUCAUUUACUGUCGGCCUCCCCCAGAAGUCCCUCUUAUAAACAAACGAAUGAGAAGAAACCAACCAAGACUGUUUCUCAAGGCAUCUAUGGCUCCAGAGCAGAGCAGCAGGGUCCUACUCUGAAGGGGAAGUCCAUCACUGCUAGGCAGUCCCCUAAGAGGACCGUGGUCAUCAAGGCCUUGGAGGACAACAGCACUGACGACAGUGAUAGAUUACUCAAUCUGGCAUCCGAGACGAGACGGGCUUCAGGUGAGGACUCUGGCACCGUGCCUGAAGGACAGAUGGGGAAGGUAUGUUGGUGUAUGGCUAACAAGCACAGAGGAAGAGAGGAAGGGCCGAGGAGAGUUGUGAAGGAGACGGAGAUGGAUUCUGAGCAUGCUCAGUCCGGUGGGUGGGCAGGGCUGCCUACGAGGAAGGCCCUGCCCACGGAGCUCCUGAUUGGCUCCAGUCCGCGGUCCAUAGAAGCUGAAGGCCCGCCCCCUCAGAGCAAACGUGUCAAAAGCCCCCACAGCGCAUCCAAUGUCGAGCAGACUGUCACCACGACAACGAAGCAAGCUAAGAUCAAAGUUCAAGCUAACAUCAGUAAUCAGGAUAGCAAUCUUGGAGGCAGUAUAGGUGAGCUGUGGCAAGGGACGCCCUCAAAAACGCAGCCAAAGGUUUCUGAAUCAAAACGCAUGAAGCUGCCUGUGUCCACGUCUAACACUCCGACACGUGGUCAACUAAAAGUACCUGAACCAAAAUCCAAUAUCCCAAAACCGAGCUUAACGGCUAAGGUGAAGACAGGCACAGACGUGAAGCCUAUGUCCACACGAGGCGAGCCAAACAAGGAGCAGGAGAAAGUGAGAUCUGACACCAAAACGGAAAAGAGAAGCCAUCAAAAAGGUCAACCUCCAAAAUCUCCAGUGAAGGUGAGAGGUCAGACUGCAGAGGAUUUCUUAUCCACACCUGUGGAGGUCAAAGGCAAGGUCAAAGGUGGUGAGCUGGUCAAGGUCACUUCCAAAGAUGCCAAGUCCAAAGUCCAGGGUAAAAUCACUGAGGUCAAAUCCAGCCCGGUCAAGGUUCAAAGUAAGCAACAAGAAGUUCUCAAAGCUCAAAAUAAACUGUCAGAAGUCAAAUCCGUAACGGGUAAAACUAACCCAAAAGCAAAAAGUCCAUUAACACUCUCAUCCACCCCUGUCAAGGGUAAAGGUCAAACUCAAGAGGUCAAAUCCACUCCAGUCAAAGAUCAGGUUAAGCUGUCUAAGAAAACUUCUAUUCCUGUGAAAUUAAAAAGCAAAACUGCAGAAAAGGAAAACCCCAAGGGCAGCGGUGACAGGCAGAAGCCUGUUAGAACUCUGAUGAAAGGAAAAAAACUGGGAUCGGAGGAGGAGGAGAAGAAAAAUAUAGAGGACAAGAAUAGCCAGUCGGAAGCUUCCGGAACAACAACAGGGGAAGAUGAGAAGCAAAUGCCAGAGAAAGAAAAGGGCAAACCGUCACAAAAACUCGGCACCCCCCUCAAGGACAAUACUCUGCCGUUGGAAGCCAAGCAAUUACCCCUUAAGGAGACCGAACCCAAGCUGACCGAUUCAAAGCGAGCUCCUGUGAAAAGCAAACCCAUCGCUGUGGUCUCCAGCCAGCCCUCUCAGUUCAGGAACCAGCCCAUACAGGUGGUGAGUAGUAACCCUAGUAACCCCGAAGCAGCCUCCACAAAGGCUCCCGCCACCUCACAGGGGACCAGGAGAACAGAUGUGAUCACCGUCGGCAGUACCAAACCCCUGGAAGCCUCCCUGCCACCACAGGCAUCCUCUCCUACCAGCUUCCAAUUCACCUCCCAGGAGCUAGGGACCGGAACCAAGACUGGGUCGCCACUCCCAGGAACAGCAGCAGCUUCAAACAUGGCCACUGCCCUGGAGAGUGAGCCCAGCGGGGCUGGAGUUUUCAGUGGCGCAGCCUCCCUGCUUCCUGCCAUGGGGGUGGCCGGGGCAGCCAUGGGGGUCCUCGGUGAGGUAGCGACGAGCGUGAGGGCCUUUCAGUCAGGCAGUGACACGGCCACCUCUACUCCGCCAAGGAGAUUAAGCAGGACAGAGAGGAUCACUAAGCAGAGUGCCAUCACACAGCCUUCCUCCUCUUCCUCUUCCUCAGAUCAGAGGUCCGCCAGUGGCACCUCUCAGGACCAAUCAGGACCCGCAGGUGGGAUGUCAGAAGGAGAGGAGGACCAAUCACAGAAAAGAGAGGAAAUAGAGAGUUCUAAACAGGAGAGUGGCAGCGAGCAGGGAGAGGAGGACGACAGCAGCAGGAAGAGUGGUAAUGAGGAGCAGGGGGAGGAAGAGGCCGACCAGAGGGAGGGAGGAGGAACAGAGAAUGACAGCCAGGAUGAGAGUGACAGUGGGGGGGGAAGGGAGCAGGUAGAGAGUGAGGUUGAGGAAAGCGAAGAGAUAAGUGAUGGUGGAGAGGCUGAGGAAGAGAGUGAAUCGAAGAAAAGUGAGGAGGAAGGUGGAGAAAAGGAUAGUGAUAGUCAGACAAGCAGCGAGGAGGGUGGAGAGGAGGAGAGUGAGGACAGUGAUGUGGGAGAAGGGGAGGAGGAAGGAGAGGAGAGUGAGAGAGGAGAGGAGGAAGAGAAGAGCGAUGAAAGUGGCGAGGAGAAAAGUGAGAGUGAGGCAGAAGAGUCAGAGGAAAAGAGUGAGGCAGAGGAGGACAGUGAGGCAGGGGCAGAGGAGGAGAGUGAGGCAGAGGCAGAUGAGAACAGUGAGGCAGAGGAGAGUGAGGCAGAAGAAGCAGAGGAGAAGAGUGAGGCAGAGGAGGAGGCAGAGGCAGAGGAGAGUGAGGCAGAAGAAUCAGAGGAUGAGAGUGAGGCAGAAGCAGAAGAGAGUGAGGCAGAGGAGAAAAGUGAGGAGAGUGAGGCAGAUAAGGAGAGUGAGACAGAGGCAGAAGAGAAAAGUGAGGCAGAAGAGAGUGAGGCAGAGGAGAAAAGCGAGGAGAGUGAUGAAGAAGAGGCAGAGGAGAGUGAGGUAGAGGCAAAAGAGGAGAGUGAGGCACAAGAGGGAGAGGAAGAGGAGAAAAGUGAAGAGAGUCAGGCAGGAGAGGAAGAGGAGGACAUAGAAGACAGCGGGGAAAGUGGGGCGGAAGAGGCAGAGGAUAAAAGUGAGGCAGGAGAAGGGGAAGAGGAGGGGGAAGAGAAGAGUGAGGAAAGUGAGGAAGGGGAAGGAGAGGAAGAGAGUGUUUCUGUGGCAGCGGAAGAAGAGGACGAGGAAGAAGGAGAAAGAGAUGGAGAGACUGAAGGACACAAAGAGGAGGAGGAGGGUGAAGUUAAUGAAGAUGAAGAGGAGAAGGAGGAAAGCGACGAAGAAUCAGAUAAGAGCGAGGGAUCGGAGCAGGAAGAACAUGAACAAGCAGAAGGAGAGAGUGAAGAGGAUAAUGCUACAGAGUCUGGGCUGGAGGAAAGAGAGGGGGAGGGGGAAGGAGAGAGUGAGGCUGAGGAGGAAGGAGGGGAGAAAGAAGCCAGUGAAGGUGAGGAGCAGGAGGGAGACGAGGAGGAUUCUAGUGAGAAAGAGGAGGAGGAGGCACAGGAGGAGGAGGAGGCACAAGAGGAGGAGGAGGAGGCAGAGGAGGAGGAGGAGGCACAGGAGGAGGAGGAGGCACAGGAGGAGGAGGAGGAAACUGAACAGGAGGAGGGUGCUGCUGAGGAAGAGGAAGAUGACAAUAAUGACGAAGAAGAAGCUGAAGAGGAGGAGGAGAAAGGUGCGGAAGAGGGGGAGAGUGAACAGGAUCAAGGGAAUGAGGAGGAGCAAGGAGAGGAGGAGGAAGAGGAGGCAGAGGAGGAGGAGGCAGAGGAGGAGGAGGCAGAGGAGGAGGAGGAAGAGGAGGAGGAGGCAGAGAAGGCAGACAAUAAGGGAGUGACUGUGCCUCCCAAACCUGCUCCAUCUGGCAGGAGAGGGGAGCAGCAGGGGGAGAAGCCCCAGCCGGCUGCCCGGACCAAGCAGAGGGCUGCUGGGAAGACUCAGGCCAACGGCUCCCCUGACUCCCAGCAGUUCUGGAACGAUGUCUUGCCUCAAUACCUGGACCUGAAGUAG